CCUCCCCCCCACAUCUUGUCUUUCUUUCCCUUUGCCACUUCCCAAGACACACGCCGGUACAGAGGAGAGAGGAGCGGCGCCUUCUCCCUCCAUUGGCGCAUCUUUAUCUAGGCCACAGCCCGGGAAAGGAGCAGCAGCCACCAUUUUUUAGACCCCAAGAGCAAGGACCGAGCCCUGUGCUAGUACCACCAAACGCUCCCCCCCAAGCGAGAGCGGCGGCGGCGGAGGACGAGUCGAGGAGGAGGCCGGCCGGCCGGCGUUUCCCAGGCGAUCUCGAGAUGGGCAUCCUCUGCUUCGGCGCCUCCUCCACCCUGCUCUGCGGCGAGGACAGCAACAGCGUCCUCGGCCUGGGCGGCUGCGGCGGCGGCGGCGGCGACGGCGAGGUGGCGGGGGCGGGCCGCGGCCUGGGCUUCCUGGACGUCGGCGCCGUCUUCCCGGUCGACAGCGACGAGGUCAUGCGGGCGCUGGUGGAGAAGGAGGUGGAUCAUCGGCCCAAGGGCGGCUACGUGGAGCGGCUGGGGCACGGCGGAUUCGAGUCCUCCUGGAGGAAGGACGCCAUGGAUUGGAUUUGCAAGGUCCAUUCCCACUACAAUUUUGGACCACUGACCCUUUGCCUCUCGGUGAACUACAUGGAUAGGUUCCUCUCCUCCUUUGAUCUCCCACAUGACAAGUCCUGGAUGCAACAGUUAAUGUCAGUUGCUUGCCUGUCUCUUGCUGUCAAGAUGGAGGAGACCGUGGCCCCUCUUCCCGUGGACCUUCAGGUUUGCGAUGAGUACUAUGCCUUUGAACCAAGGAACAUCAAGAGGAUGGAGCUCAUUGUGAUGGAGACCCUGAAAUGGAGGAUGCACUCUGUGACCCCAUUCUCUUUCCUGUGCUACUUCUUGGACAAGUUCAAUGAAGGGAAGCCACCCAGUUACAUGCUGGUCUCACGGUGUGCCGAGCUCAUAGUCGCCACUGUGAAAGACUAUAGAUUCUUAUCAUUCAGACCUUCUGAGAUCGCUGCCGCAGUGGUUCUAUGGGCGCUCGCUGAGAAUCAGGUCAUCGGCUUCAGCAGUGCCCUUGCAGCAUCUGAAAUCCCUGUAAAUAAGGAGAUGAUUGCGGGAUGCUAUGCGCUGUUGGUGAAGAAGAGAGGGAACUUCAGCGCGAGCCUUUCAGCGCCGCUGAGCCCGAUCGGGGUGCUGGAUGUGCCAUGCUUCAGCUUCAGGAAUGAUGACACAACACCAGGUUCAUCACCCUCGAACAACAACAGUAACAGCAACGAUCAGGCCUCCACUCCAGCUUCCAAGAGGAGAAGGCUAAGCGCAUCGCCGAUCUGAUGCGCCGUACAUAUAUAGCUUGGUGCUGCUCUCGGCUUGUUCAUUGAGUCAUCGUCGAUCUUUCUUACCCCGAAAGCCCAUCCAUCGAUCAUCAUGGAAACGAAGUUGUGGUGCAACAGUAAUUAUCGAGCAUUGUGACGGUUAGAGGAAUGCGGGCAGCAACAAUAAGCUUCUUGAACUCUGAAAGAAGAGAGGAGGGUGUGUGCUGAUGGGAGGGGGGGAGUCAAUUUUCCUCUUCACAAUUUUGUCUCCCCUUCUUCAUUUUAGGUAUUUAUUAUUUAUUUCCCCCCUUUCCCUUCUCCGAGGGAUUUUCGAUGACAUCUUUGUGGAUAUGAGAGACUGAAGAUAUGAGAAAAUCAACAAAAAUGGAUUUUCGUUUUGUUUCUUUA